UAUAAGAAGUGUCGGUUUCCUAAUAAAACGGACACUCAAAACCCUUGGCUCUUGCAGGAGAAAACCAAGAGCGGCCACCCUUCUCUCACUAUCUCUUCACUCAAUUUCAAUCUCUACGCUGUUUUUUUGCGUUGAGAGAUUUUGAUUGCAACAUGUCGACUUUUGCCAAGCCAGAGAAUGCCUUGAAGCGAGCUGAAGAGUUGAUAAAUGUUGGGCAGAAGCAAGAUGCAUUGCAAGCUCUUCAUGAUCUAAUCACCUCAAAGAGAUACCGAGCUUGGCAAAAACCACUUGAAAGGAUUAUGUUUAAGUAUGUAGAGCUUUGUGUUGACUUGCGGAGGGGCAGGUUUGCUAAGGAUGGUCUGAUUCAGUACCGUAUUGUUUGCCAACAAGUGAACGUCACUUCCUUGGAGGAGGUGAUCAAGCAUUUCAUGCAUCUUUCCACUGAGAAAGCUGAACAAGCUCGUAGUCAGGCACAAGCCCUUGAAGAAGCUCUUGAUGUGGAUGAUCUGGAAGCAGAUAAAAGGCCAGAAGAUCUGAUGCUUAGUUAUGUCAGUGGUGAGAAGGGAAAGGAGAGGUCUGAUCGUGAGCUUGUUACUCCUUGGUUCAAGUUUCUGUGGGAGACCUAUAGAACAGUACUUGAAAUAUUACGAAACAACUCAAAGUUAGAGGCCCUAUAUGCGAUGACAGCCCACCGAGCUUUCCAAUUCUGUAAACAAUACAAACGGACAACUGAAUUUAGGCGGUUGUGUGAGAUCAUCAGGAACCAUUUAGCAAACCUCAACAAAUAUAGAGACCAAAGGGAUCGACCUGAUCUCACAGCCCCUGAGAGCUUGCAGCUGUAUCUUGAUACACGAUUUGAGCAGCUAAAAGUAGCUACUGAGCUUGAGCUCUGGCAGGAAGCUUUUCGGUCCGUUGAAGAUAUCCAUGGAUUGAUGUGCAUGGUUAAAAAAACUCCCAAGGCAUCCUUGAUGGUGGUUUAUUAUGCCAAGCUAACAGAGAUAUUCUGGAUUUCAUCAAGUCAUCUUUACCAUGCUUAUGCAUGGUUAAAGCUUUUUACACUUCAGAAAAGUUUCAAUAAAAACUUAAGCCAGAAAGACUUGCAGAUGAUAGCAUCAUCUGUUGUUUUGGCUGCUCUAGCGGUGGCUCCUUACGAUCACACACAGGGCGCAUCUCAUUUGGAGCUUGAAAAUGAGAAAGAGCGGAAUAUGCGGAUGGCUAAUCUUAUAGGUUUCAAUCUAGACCUGAAACCUGAGAGUAGAGAAGUGCUUUCAAGGUCAUCCCUUCUUUCAGAACUGGUAUCCAAAGGUGUAAUGAGCUGUGCAACUCAGGAAGUGAAAGAUCUUUACCAUCUUUUGGAGCACGAAUUUCUACCAUUAGAUCUUACAGCAAAGGUUCAGCCUUUGUUAUCCAAAAUUUCCAAACUAGGGGGAAAACUUACCUCAGCUUCUUCCGUGCCUGAAGUGCACCUCUCCCAAUAUAUCCCUGCCCUCGAGAAGCUUGCUACCCUGAGGUUGCUUCAACAGGUGUCUCAGGUGUAUCAGACCAUGAAAAUUGAGAGUUUGUCUCAGAUGAUCCCAUUUUUUGAUUUCUCUGCUGUUGAGAAGAUUUCGGUUGAUGCUGUGAAACAUAAUUUCAUAGCUAUGAAACUGGACCAUAUGAAGCAUGUUGUGCUAUUUGACACUCAGGAUCUUGAAUCUGAUGGGCUGCGAGAUCACUUGACUGUUUUUGCUGAAUCCUUAAAUAAAGCAAGGGCUAUGAUUUAUCCUCCAACAAGGAAAUCAUCAAAACUGGGUGAAAUUUUACCGGGACUAGGGGAGAUUGUUGAUAAGGAACACAAGAGACUUCUAGCUCGGAAAUCCAUCAUUGAAAAGAGAAAGGAGGAACAAGAACGUCAACUUUUGGAAAUGGAACGAGAGGAGGAGUCAAGGAGGCUGAAGCAGCAGAAGAUUACAGAAGAGGCAGAGCAGAAGAGGCUUGCAGCUGAGUAUGAGCAAAGGAACAAACAAAGGAUCCUCCGGGAAAUUGAGGAGCGUGAACUUGAAGAAGCACAAGCUUUACUUGAGGAACAUGAGAAGCGCAGUAAAAGGAAAGGAGGAAAGAAGCCGAUCUUAGAAGGAGAGAAAGUGACGAAGCAAAUUUUAAUGGAAAGGGCUUUGAGUGAGCAGCUCAGAGAGAGGCAGGAAAUGGAGAAGAAAUUACAGAAAUUGGUUAAAACCAUGGAUUAUUUGGAAAGAGCAAAAAGAGAAGAGGCAGCCUCACUGAUUGAAGCUGCUUUUCAACAACGAUUGGUGGAAGAGAAAGCACUUCAUGAACACGAGCAGCAGCAAGAAAUUGAAUUGAGCAGACAGCGCCAUGAUGGGGACCUCAGGGAGAAGAAUAGGCUGUCUCGGAUGUUGGAGAACAAGAUCAUUUUUGAGGAAAGAGUGAAGAGCCGCCGAGAGUCAGAGUUCAACCAAAGGAGAGCUGAGAGGGAAGAAAGGAUCAACCAGAUUGUUCAAGCUCGGAAACAAGAGAGAGAAGCUUUGAGGAAGAAAAUAUUCUUUGUGAGGUCUGAAGAGGAGAGACUGAAAAGGCUGCGUGAAGAGGAAGAGGCUCGCAAGCAUGAAGAGGCUGAGAGACGCAGGAAAGAAGAAGCUGAACACAAGGCAAAGUUGGAUAAGAUAGCUGAGAAGCAGAGACAGAGAGAACGCGAACUAGAAGAAAAGGAACGCAUAAGGAGGGAAGCUCUCUUGGCUGAUGGGCCUUCUAGGUCUUCUGAGCUUCCUGCUGGUCCAGAGCCUGGAGCGGCUGCUGCACCAGCCGCUGGAAAGUAUGUGCCCAGAUUCCGGCGAGGGGGAACUGAAGGCUCGGCGCAGGCUCCUCCAGAAACUGAUAGGUGGGGAGGUGGAAGUGGUAGGCCAGCCCCUCCAGAUUCUGAUAAGUGGAGCAGUGGCAGUGCCAGGCAGCCCCCUUCAGAUACAGACCGGUGGGGCAGUGGUGGCAGCAGGCCUGAUGAUCGCAACCCCCCCAGUGAUAGGUGGGGUGGAGGCUCAAAGUCAACUUGGUCAUCAUCUAGGCCACGUGGUCGCUGAUAAUCCCAGUGUCUUCAUGAACAUUUUAAUGCGGCCAUUUUUGUCUGGUGCUUAUUUUUGCUGCAUUUGGAUCUGGGAAACCCUCAAGGAAUAAUUAGUAGUGAAUUAUUGUUUCUAAUUUAGUAGGCUCGCAGAACCAUUCAAGAGUGGUAUCCUAGUCUUUCUUUUUUCUACCAUGGUAAUGGUGGCAAAUGUUUAUUGUGUUCACGCAAUGUCAAACUUUGGAAGAGGUUUUUUUA